UUGAACGCGCAGGAGACCAGUCGACGCUUCUCUCCGUGUACUGUAUAGUGGGGCAGCAGCAAUGCCAUGCUGUCUUCUGAAGACCCAAAGAAUAAUGUUAUUCUAGAUCUCAAUGUAAGGAGUGAAGCAACCAAAACUCAACCAUGGCCAAGAUCACAGGCUCAAACGUGGACCAUAAUGAUUCUCCUCAUCACCUGUUUGCUGUACUGCGCCAGGAUGGCCAUGCCAGUGUGUGCGGUCGCCAUGGCCACAGAGUUCAGCUGGAGCAAGACAGAGACUGGUGUAGUGAUGAGUGGCUUCUUCUGGGGCUACUGCUUCACUCAGAUCAUUGGAGGUCACGUCAGUGACAGGAUUGGUGGAGAGAGAGUUCUAUUCAUUUCCUCCAUAGCUUGGGGGUCGAUGACAGCUGUUACGCCAGUUUUGGCGCACCUGAACAUCAGUCCCCUGAUCACCAUGACAAUGGCCAGAUUCCUCAUGGGACUUUUUCAAGGUGUGCACUACCCAUGUCUGGCCAGUGUGUGUGCUCAGCGAGUGGAGGAUGGACAGAGAGGUUUCGUGAUGAGCGUCAUUGGCUGUGGUUGUCACCUGGGGGUGCUGUCUGUAGGUGGAGUAGGGUCUCUGAUUCUGGAAUGGUAUAGCUGGGAGCCUGUGUUCACCAUAGUUGGGUUCCUUGCCGCCAUGUGGGCUUUCAGUGUUUGGAACUACUUUUUGAAAGCACCAGCCACAAUGCCAGAAGUUCCAGAAAUGCCAUGUAACCAUGGGCCCCAGCUGAGCCCACAGAAAUCUGCAUCUUUUUGGCUGAAACUGUGCAUGGAGCCUUCUGUGCUGUCCAUGGUUUUUGCACAUCUGUGCUUCAGUAGUACCCACUACUCGCUAAUAUCCUGGCUCCCAACCUUUUUCAAAGAAACAUACCCUCAUGCUAAGGGUUGGGUGUUUAACGUGGUUCCCUGGUUUGUUGCCAUGGUCUCAUCUCUGAUUGGAGGCAGUUUGUCGAGUUACCUCAUCAAAAAUGGAUAUAAAACAGUUACUGUCAGGAAGAUAAUGCAGUUUUGUUCUAUGGGGAUGAGCAGCAUGUUUAUGCUGAUGCUAUGCAGAAACCCCUCCUUCGGUUCAGCUGUUGCCCUGGUCUCUGCAACCGUUGGCCUAGGCACAUUCAACACCAGUGGUGUGACUGUGAACGUGCACGACCUGGCCCCAUCCUGUGCUGGAGCACUGUAUGGUAUUAUGAACACCUGUGGGGCUUUCUCAGGUCUCUUGCUGGUGUACUUCUCUGGAUACCUCAUAGAACUCACACAGUCCUGGGCCAACGUGUUCUCCCUUCUGACACUGGUGAAUGUGGUGGGUCUCACAAUGUUCCUGCUUCUUGGAGAGGCACGCCGCUUGGACUUAUAGGACGCUAAGUUCAGUAACAUGCCACUAUGGACUACUAUGGCUCGCAGUGCUUACAGAGGGAGAAUGUAUACUGUCAAGCCAGCGUCUAAUGUGAAGGUUAUGACAUGGAGAAAAGGGGGAAAAGUGAAGUGUUUUCAUAUAAAUAUAUAUAUUUUGCAUUUUUUAUUAUUUUUAAAGUUCAGAUGUAUUUUUGAAAUACAUAUUUAUUGUUAACAGACUA